GAAGCAGUAAACAGCCUUAGCUGUGUGUAGAAGAUUAGGCAGCCCACACAGCUUAGUUUCAGUGUUUCUUUAUUCUGCAGCAGACGCAGUCCUUACGGAGCCGCUUCACGGCUUCAGGCUGCUGACUUUGUGUUGGUGGUUUGUUCUCGAAUGCAUCUGCAGCUUUUUCAUAGAGAGUAAUGGCAUCAGAAGAUGAGCAACAUGUUAAGUAGGCUGCUUCUCUUGCUGUUUGGGUCCUUACAGAGAGGGUUUUCUCAGAUUCCAGAGUGGAACACAGAGCUGGAAGUUAGUGGUGAGACAGAAUGGACUCCCCAGCCGGGCUUCGCAGACUACACUUACUGGUCAGGGACGGCGCCCAUCUGUGUGGGAGGCUGCAAGGCGCGCCACCAAGAGCUGAGGAGAGACCGCUGUGGAAACUCCAGCUGCUGCUGGUUCGGAUACAAGUCCCUGUGUAGAGUGAACUGUGGGAGGCCUGACGUGGACUACAAUGGAGUUGUUUAUGGUAAUGACUGGUGGGUGGGCUCCUUGGUGAGGUACGCCUGUCGCUCUGGCUUCAAGCUGGUGGGAAACCCCACCAGAUCGUGCCAGCCCAGCGGCCUCUGGACCCCCAGACCCACAUGCCUCCGGAUGUGCCAACGGGGAAGCAUUGAGAUCAAUGAGAGAGAACUGAACGGGACCUGUAACUCCACGUGUGCAGAUAAAAGCUACUUCGGCCCACCCAAACUAGGCUGCAGUCAGAUUGACAACUGUAAAAAGAAGGAGACUGGCUGGAAACGGUUCUUCGCUCAGUGCGUCCCUUGCAUUUGUGACUGCGCUUUGUCAUGCGUAUCUGCAGGCUAACACAGAGGGAAAGGAUGCUGAUUUCACGGAGACUUCAAAGAGGAGAUGCAGACUCUUCUGAGUGUUUAAUCCAAGUGCUCGGAUACAUCAAUCGACCAAAACCUGGAUGUUUUAAGACUUCAAUUUGCUCUCUCUGACACAUGUGAAAGCAUGUGCAAAAGUAUACAGCCAUGACAAGAUGUGUAUUUCUGAGUGUGAUAUCUGUUUGGGGUCAAUUAGGAUUGUAAACCUCACUCAAAAUAUGAUAUACGAUGACAAGAAGGAGAAAAAGAAACAGAUUAUGACUUGAAAUCACUUGAAAAGUGUCGGAGUGAUUGUGCCAGGUAACUAUGUCAAACUGAAGUCUGAGACCCCUUUUGAGACAACUUUUUCUCAACAUAAUUUCCUGUCACAAUUUCUUUUCAACCACCAGCGUUUCACAGAAUCUGUGUCUGGUAAAAAUGUGCAUGUUUUUAAGAGAAAGGAAGAAAAAAUGAUAAUGGAAAAAGAAACAGAUUAACAUGUCACUGCCCCUGCUCUCAGUCCAUCUGUUGAGGAAGGAGCUGAAACCUUAAUCUCGUUACAAGGCGUAGAUCUGCGGUCAGGAGUGAGAGUGUUUUAAACCUCAUCAGCAAACGCUAUUCAUAGAUGCUGUAGAAAUUCAACUUUAAAAGCAUAUUUGUGGGAAAACAACUGAAAAUAGAUUUGCUGUAAAGUCAGAUAUUUAUUUUUAUAUGUUGUACACUUGUUGUAUGAAUGUUAGUUGAUGAACUAAAUAAAAUGCACACAAAAAAAAAACAAGAAACUUGUUUUAGUCAAGAGAACAGUUUAAUCGACUUCUAUGCUUUGUAGAUGUAGCACUUAAGUGGCAAAAGUAAGAUUUAUAUGCAAAAACCUGUGUUUCUUUAUGAUUAUUUGUUCAUAUAUUUUAUAUUCUGCGAACCUGCUGAAGGAGUUUGGGAAAUUUGUUGCACAGCCUCACCAUUUGCACGUUUUGUGUGCAUUGAUAGAAGCCGCCGCUAGGUGUCACUGUUGCUCAUAUUACUCAACAAGAUCCUAUUCCAUGCAUGCUUUAUUUUGAUGGACAUUUUUGUUACUUCCAACGUCACAGUUU